GAGGAGACUGCAGUCUCUGCUUAUGGGAGAGAUCAGACUAUAUUACCACAGCUCUGAGGAACUGUAACCCAAACACUUAUUGAUUGGAUGGGCCACCCCACGAGGGGAAUACCACAUCUGACUGGGACACUGUGCCUAGUCUUUGACAAUGAAGUUCAACUUGUUCAGACGGCCACAGGCCAUGACAGCUGCCGAGCCCACCAGUGCCCCCACCAUGACCAUGGCUCCCACCCCAGCUGCCAUAUCCACCUCAGCGCCAGAAACCUCUGGCUCCAACAAUACAGAGAUCAGCAAGAAUGACAUGUUUGAGGAGAUCAAGAGCAAAUUCUUGAAUGAAAUUGAUAAAAUCCCAUUGCCUCCAUGGGCUUUGAUUGCCAUUGCUGUGGUGGCUGCAUUGCUCAUCCUCACCUGCUGUUUCUGCAUAAUCAAAAAAUGUUGCUGCAAGAAGAAGAAGAACAAGAAGGGAAAGAAGGGCAAGGAUGGCUUCAACAUGAAGAACAUGCAGGGUGGCGAGGAUGAUGAUGAUGAUGAGGGAGAGACUGGACUGACAGAGGAAGAGAAAGAGGAAGAGGAGAAAGAACAGGAAAAACUGGGGAAGCUACAAUACUCUAUAGAUUAUGACUUUGAGAAUACAAAGCUCACAGUUGGCAUCCUCCAAGCUGCAGAUCUCAUGUCCAUGGACUCAGGUGGAACCUCCGAUCCUUACGUUAGAGUCCUGCUUUUACCUGACAAGAAGAAGAAGUUUGACACCAAAGUGCACAAAAAGACACUGAACCCUGUCUUCAAUGAGACAUUUGUUUUUAAGGUACCCUAUGAGGAGCUUGGUGGAAAGACCUUGGUGAUGUCUGUUUAUGACUAUGACCGAUUUUCGAAACAUGAUGUUAUUGGAGAGGUUAAGCUGCCGAUGAAUACCAUUGACCUCGGACGACCGAUUGAGGAGUGGCGGGAUCUGGAGAGUGCUGAUCAAGAGGAGCCUGAGAAACUUGGAGACAUCUGCAUCUCCCUUCGUUAUGUCCCCACUGCUGGAAAACUCACUGUCUGCAUCCUGGAGGCAAAGAAUCUAAAGAAGAUGGAUGCCUGUGGAUUAUCUGAUCCUUAUGUAAAGAUCCAGCUGCUGCAGGGCGGUAAGCGUCUGAAGAAAAAGAAGACUACAGUGAAGAAGAACACCCUAAACCCAUAUUAUAAUGAAUCCUUCAGCUUUGAAAUCCCCCUGGAACAGAUGCAGAAAAUAUUGGUGGCAGUUACAGUGUUUGAUUAUGACAAGAUUGGUAAGAAUGAUGCCAUCGGAAAAAUCUUCGUGGGCACCAAGGCUACUGGCUUAGGUCUGAAGCACUGGACUGACAUGAUGUCCAAUCCACGCCGCCCCAUUGCCCAGUGGCAUCCAUUGCAGCCAGAGGAGGAAAUUGAUGGUCAGCUGGCAGCGUUGGCUGCAAAGAAGUAACAUGCUCCCCCAAUCAGCUAAUGCACUAACUCAGAAAUCCAACCUCAACCCCUACUCUGCAUGAAUCUCAUGACUUAACACAUGACUAUUUCGCAUAAGUCCUGCUCCGCAUAAAAGAAAGAAAAGAAGACAUUUUAGAAUAUCAAAAACUCUUUUUAAGCAUCACAUUUCCCACAUUAGUGAAUACUGAGAAGAAUGACUAUCAGGUGACCAGUUAGUGAAUGAUCGACUUUUAGUCCUUCCUUCAUUUAAAGAAACUGAUUCUUAGGGUGCUGACACUGAAUGAAAGUCUUGGUGAAGACAAUGCUGGAUAUAAAAAAAGCUUUAGUUUAGUUUAUAGAGCAUGCUUUACUUACCUCCCCACCGCUCUGCGUGCACCACGCCCAGUAUUGUAUCUUGCUAAUAAGUGUGCUUUAACUUGCAAUAGAAAGUACUGUAAUUUCGGGUUAUUUCCUGCAUUAAGUCUGUUCUAAGUCUAUCAAUGCAAAGAGAUUAAACUGAGAAUCAAUCAGGCUGAGGUCACUGAAUGCAACAAUCAC